AUGCCGAAACGACGACUUCAAGCAGGCUUACAACGACUUCAGCAUGCUGAAGGAAUUCCUCGCACCCGAGCGAUUCAACAUGACGGACCACGGGAAAAACAGAGAUUUCGAGAAGAAAAAGCAGUUCGCAAAACUGGGAAUCUUGACGAGCGUCAUCAUCAUAUCUUUUCAACAGUUGCCAAAGCAACAGGACUUACAGAGGAAGAUGUGAUUGGGGAUAUAUUUACUGAUGAAAAUGAAGUACUACUGAAGCGUUUUUUUAUGGGAGGAGGACUUCGCAGUUUAUUAUUUUUUUGUCAAACCAAAAAAGCCAAUGAAGUUGAUCAAAGUCAACGAGACCACAAGAAGCAAAUCACGUUAGUGACUGAUAAAAACGCAUUAUCGGAGGGUACUUGUAUUUUCUUUGUAAAAAUGAUUCCAACGGUUCCUGUUACUGUUGCUGCUGAAGAUGCUUAUGUAGUGGGAGUGUUUGACGGAUGUGGCGAGAAACUCUUCAGGUCUCUGCAGAGGUUGUUAAAUUUACUUUACCAUCCCGUACUCCAACAUACCACUAACACCCUAGAUCAAGAAGUGACUAAGCUUGGGAAGGAGAAAAUAAAGGAAGAUGUAUUGUACUCUUUGACUCUUUUAGCAAGCUCUUUGAAAGUUGCACACGCAUGCAUACUGAGAAGAACAGUGCUGAGAGAUCUUCGUGGUACGGAUCUUGUUAACCUCAAAAAUCCAACCGAGUGUUUCCAGGCGGCCAAAAGUCCUGAUGUUGUGAACAGUGCUGAAAAAAUUAUGAAGAUCUGGAUCGAACAGAUUCAGCAGUUUCUUCAAGAAAGUUCCCAAAUAAGGAAAGAAUCUGAAGAUCUUGGUCCUCAAGCUGAGCUAGAAUACUGGAAAUGCCGUCAGGGGAACUUUGGAUCAUUAACUGAUCAAAUUCAAGGCCAUAAUUUCUGCACAGUUAUAUUUGUGUUGAAAGCAGCUAAUUCUAAAAUGAUCAAAGCUUGGCUACAAAUAGAUAAACUCAUUACAGAAAGAUGGAAUGAAGCAAGAGAAUGUGUAAAAUACCUAGAGUCUCUUAACCUUUAUUGUCAGCCUUUAUAUUCUUCUGAUCUUUUGAACAUGGUGAAAGGUCUACCAGCGCUAAUAAAUGUUCUGAAAAUGAUUAAUGCAAUAUCAUGCUACUAUAAUUCAUCUGAGUGUAUGACUGCCAUCUUUACUAAGAUUACUAAUCAGAUGAUCAAGGCUUGCCGUUUAUAUAUCUCAGAAAAAGGAAAAGAAAGUGUCUGGACUCAGUCUCAAAAUGUCAUCCUAAAAAAGCUGGAGAAUUGUAUCAAGCUAAACACUGAAUAUCAAGCCUGCUUUAAGCGUAUCAAAGACAAGAUGGCUGAAAUACCUGAAGAAAAGCAAUUUCGAUUCAGUGAAGUUUUUGUUUUUGGAAAAUUUAAUGCAUUCUGUAAUCGUCUCCUGAAGAUUAAGAAGUUGCUAAACACUAUCACACAAUAUAAAAGGUUGUUGUCUUCUCGAUUAGAAGGAUUACUUAGUCCUGACACUGAAGGUCUACAGGAGAUGGAGACAACUUUUAAAAAUCUUGUUGCAUCCUUACAAGUGGCAUCAUACAACAUACUAGAUCACAGAAAUCUUGAAUUUGAAGAAAGCCUUAUGGAGUUUUUUGCAAAUAUAGAAAAGAUAAAGAUAAGAUUUAUCAAUAUAUUGGAUGACCAUUUUCAAGCUACUUCCUCUUCACACCAAGCCCUCAGGUUCCUGGCUCAUGUGGAGAACCUACCAUUAGAUGGCAUUCAGCUAGCUGAUAAAUACAAACAAAUUCUUGUGAAGUACAACAAGGAGCUAGAUUUAAUCUCAGAAAAGUACCAGAAAGAAAGGCUGGAUCCUCCAAUUCCAAGAAAUUUUGCUCCAAUUGCAGGAAAAAUAAGCUGGGCUCGUCACCUAUUCAAACGGAUUGAGGAACCUAUAUUAAUCCUAAAGGUGAAAUAUGGAAUUCUCAAAACAGCAGAAGGAAAAAAAGUUGUGAAAAAGUACAAUCGUGUUGCUCAGUGCCUUGUAACUUUUGAAAUGAUGUAUCAUCAGGCAUGGCUUAAACAGGCCUUUACUGUUGAGAGCUGUUUGAGACAAAAGGUUUUAGCACGAGAUCCAGUCACUCAGAAUCUCCUUGUACAUUUUGACCUCCAAUUAUGGGCUUUAUUGCGAGAAUGUGAUCAGCUGUUGAAAAUGGGAUUAGAAUUACCACUGAUUGGUCAGGUUCUUGUUACAAAGCAAUCACAAUUCAAGAAUAAUAGAAGUUUAUUGCAGUCUCUAGUAGAAGAAGAUGCAUCUUUGCGGAAUAAAAUUCGGCUUGAACUUGAACCAUUGAUGAAACUUCACUUUCAAAGACUUGAUAAAGCUUUUUUACCUGCUUUUACAACCAUUUCUUGGAGCAGUUUGAAUAUUCAAUCUUUUCUUCAACAAACUAGAGCUGUUCUACAGGACUUAAACUUGCUGAAUGACAGAGCAAAUAAUCUGAUUCAACAUUGCAUUAAUGAACCAUUCAAGGAGGUCAGUCAGGCAGUAUUCUGUGAAAUUCCAGAUGGUCCCGUAACUUUGAAUGAUUUUCUUCAGAGAAUUCAGGAUCUUUGUGCAACUAAUACAGCUAUCAUCCAGAGUAAGAACCUUUCAGCUGAAGAUGCUGCUAAUGAACUGUUGCAUCUCAUGUUAAAAGAUCUGAUGGUGGACUCUAAUGGAGCAAUUCAAAUAGUAGACUCAAUGAAAACUGAUUAUUCUGAAACUGGUGGAACAACUGUUAAUCAUAAAGAGAAUGAAUCUACUUCUUAUGCAAGUGAGGAGAUAAACCAGGAAGAAACAAAAGAGAUAAUUGGAAAUGCGGCUAUUGAACUGCUUACAUUUUACAGUCAAAGUUUUAUAGAUGCUGUUACAAAAGCAGUAAGAAAGAAUCUGGAAAUUUUACGGCACAGCAUUAGUGGCAAUACACAAACAGGUAUUCCAGAUUCUCCUUCAGUGCUUUUACUAGCUCCACCUGAGAGUAAAUCCUCAUCUAAAAAAAAAAGCAGUACAUGUGCUUUGUUCAAGAUCCAAGUCAGUUUGUGUAUUCCUCAUAUUACAAUUCAUCCAAAACUUGAAGAAAUUCAACAGGCAAUCAACCAGACUGCAAACAUUAUAGUAACAACCACCAAAGGAAUUGGGCGAUGGAGUCCAACUCCACGCACAAAGGUAAAUUAAUGUGAUAUAU